AAGUACUACCGUGUUUCGUAGGGUCUUAGCAUUAGACAGAUAAUGAAAACAAAGGCGAAACAGAGGGAGAGAACCCUAGGGUUUCUUGACUAGGGUUUACUUUGAUCCCCUCGUGUACAUAUAUAUAUAUAUUUGUUUUCGUCAUCGAUUGAUCUCCGUCAUCGCGUUUUCCACCUGUUAGAUCGUCUUAGAAUGGAAAAAUCUAGCGGUUAAUUUCCUGCUUUGACUGAUUGUUGCGGUUGCUUGCUUCAUCGAUAAGUAUUAGAUUUGAAAAAUACAUAUAUAUUCACAACAAUCAAAUCUGUAUUUGUAAAUAUGCGAGGACUGCAGAAACCAAAAAAGGUUUAUUGGGCUUCAGAUGUAAAUCUUUGUCAGGUGAGGUUAUUUCUCUCAGACGAGUCUCCUUCCCAAAUUGGGUUUGGUACUCAGGAUCAUCUCCAAGCAAAGGCAUCAUGGCUGCCAUCACCAACAGCAAUUGGAGCUGAUGACAAUUUACCACCUGGCUUUGAAGGAGCUCAGCCUGCCAAUCUAUGGAGGAACAAGUUAUCCCAAAUCCCUCUCGUGAAAUGGAGAUGUCCACUCAGAUUUGUGUUGGACUUCAAGUGGCAAGUGGUUGCUGGGGAAGAAAGCAAAGAAGUAGAAAUACAGAACCAGCGAGAGAUGAGAGUGCUUGAGGCGGUUUAUCCUCGCCCAUCUGCCAUUCCUCCAAACCCUUCUGUGUUAACGGGCAUUGAAGACUCUCGUGACAACGAUCUUUCCACUCCUCUGAUCCCCAUCACUCCAGUUGAAGAUGAAGAUACAGUAGCGGACACGGCAGUUGAUCCCCCAGAGGAAAGUACCAUUCCCAUGAACUCACUGUCCUCUGCUAUUCCUCCUGCAUUGCAGAGUGGUGCUCCUAAUCAUCCAAACUCUUCAGCCAAUGGAAAUGCCGCUACGGGAAUCUUCCCCGGGGUGGAAGCAGACGUGGCAGCGGCUGCAUAUGCUGCCUUAACUGCAAUUAUGGCAAGCAAUGACCAAGGAAGCCUGAUCGACCAGGACUUGCUCAUAAAAAUCCUCAGCGACCGGGACUCGAUUGAAAAAUUAAUUGCAAAUCACAAAGCCGUGACUAACCCUCAGGCCAUGCCCAUGUCAAGGCCGCUGCCAGGGGUAAUGUUAUCGGACCCACCUCCAGUUCAGACCACUUGGGUAGAAGGUCUUGCACCACCACCGCCCCCACCCCCCUCAUUGGUUGCUCCUCCAAAUGGACCGUUUUAUUCUCCACCACACAGGGUGGGAUUGGUUCCCAAUCCACGACCUCCUCCUCCUCCUCCUAUGCCGGAGGCUAUUUCGGUUCCCUCUCUUACUGCCGGAGCUCCGGUGGCCACGAAGGACAUUAACUACUAUAAGAGCUUGAUCCAGCAACACGGGGGAGAAAGACAAGACAACCCUUCACAGUUUGGUAGAGCAAACUUACAGGAUUCUAUAUAUAGCCCUACACCAAGGGAGUUGAAACCCAAGAUAAUGAAACCCUGCAUCUAUUUUAACAGUUCUAGGGGGUGUCGACACGGAGCCAACUGUUCGUAUCAGCACGACGUGUUGGCCCAGCAGCGGGCCAGUAGCAUGCCGGAGGCCCAAAGUGCGAAGAGGAUGAAGUUGGAUAGGGAGAUUACGGGUGCAUAAUGUUAUGCAGCUUACCAUCACUCUCUGUAUAUGUAUAUUUCUUUUUUUUCCAAGAGGAAUUUGCGUAAUUUCUGCCCCCGGCCUUUUUGUUUGCUCUCCUCUUUAUUGGUUUUUCCAGGAAGAAGAACCAAUUCAAUUUAUUUAAUUUUUCAUGUAUGGAAUGUUGCCUUGCUACUCAUAAGUUGUGGGCGAGAGAGCCUUGAUAUCUAUGUCAUUCGUCGCACUAAAACGAAAUUGCUCCAA